AAGUUAGGUUCCACUGGGAUUCGUGCUGGCGCCUCUGCCGCUUUUUCCAGCAGCUAUGGAGGCAGCGAAUGGCAAACGGUCAGAUGACACCCUUGGCCAAGCCAAGCCUUCAGAGCUGCGAGGCGCAGCAGGUCAGCCGCUCGGGGCGAGACUGCGAGGUGCUGCCAAGCGCAGCUUGUCGGAGGAUAGCCUCAACAGCGGGGCCUCUCUUUCCCGCACGCUUGCCAGUGGAGCCUUCCGUCGAGCUGCCAGUCAUGGCCGACUCUUGGACGAUCAAUCAGCCCGCAGUGUCGCUAGCAGCCUGGGGGCAGUGAUGCGCGCUGCGACGACAAUCCAAAGCGUGCCUGGCUCCAGCGACGAGCCCAUGGAAAGCGCAGGCGCCGAGGCCACGCCGUUGAAGGCACGGCCUCCGCCUGGCAGCGGUGGUGGCACAGGACGCUGGCGCGUCCGCGCCUACGAGGGGCCAGAGGACUUCGACAGAAUCCGUUCAGAGCUGCGGCAGCAGGAGAAGGAGCUCGAGCAUCAGCUGGAGCUGCGGCGAGUACUGCAGGCCAGCCUGAACAGCGAGCGCGAGCGCUCGGCUGAGCUGGCAAAGACGAACGCAUUGAAUGCCGAGUUGCUCAGGGCCUGUGAAGAGAAGCUGCAGGGCCAGCGGCGCGUCAGUGAUGCAGAUACCCAGGAGCUGGCAGACCAGGUGGAUGCCCUCCUCCUUUUGAAGAGGCAGCUCUACCAGCGCAUCCAGAGUCUGGAGCAGGAACGGACCAGCUUGCUGUCGCAGCGGGAAGAGGCCGUGAGCGACCGGUCUUGCGUUGCUUGCCUCGAUCGCCUGGCGAACACAGUGCUCCUCCGUUGUCGCCAUCUUUGCUGCUGCGAGGGCUGCGCCAAGCGCGUCACACAAUGCCCCGUUUGCCGCCAAAACGUGCGGGACCGGAUCACGGUCUUCAUGCCAUGAGGCCAACCUCCGCUGAGAUGGCGGCCAUCGAGUGAUCGAAUUCCCUGUUUGUGGGGUGUGUGGCGAGGUCCGCCUGAGAGGUGCUGUACAGGCAAGCGACGUGCAUGCAGGGGUCUCCAGGGCCAAAUCAGUUCCUGGUGCACCAUCCAUCUUCCACUAGGCUGGGUGUCUUUGAAGCUGGCUGUUGAGAGCGCUUUGCACAUUGGAUCUUCCGUGCCUCGCUAGGGGUGUGCUUUGGUGAGGACGGAGUGCACAUUAAACGAAAGCCACACUCGAGCAUAGCCCGCUGCAAGACCGCAUUUGAAUGGAAGCUCCCAAGCUGCCUGCUGCAUGGAUGAAGCUGGGAUCUUUACCUGGGCUGUGCUGGCAUCGUGGCUUGAUGACUGCAUUGGCAUAAUUGCCUGCUCUUGAAGUCAUGGGUUGAGGCAUGGGCUGUGACAUGUGUUGCCU